CGGCGAUUAAGGUGCACGCUUUUCUAAUUAGAUUUACACUUAAGUGUCAGAAUUCAGAACUUUAGUGAAUAUAAUUCCCAAAACCUAAUAGUACCAGUGCUAAUUUACAUUACCUGUGAUGUUUUCAGACAUUAAUUGUUCGUUAAAGACACGCGUUAAUGUGAACUGCGAGGUAUUGUCAGACACAAUUAUCAGCACGUUCGGAAAUACGUUCUUGUUACAAAGUCGUGUAUUAACAAUGUUGCACGUUGCUUAUCACUGCCUUAACUGCUUUGUUGCAGCGAACCGUUACAGCUGUUAGCUGUUGCUGAUGAAUUGCAUAAUACGAGUAGCUUGAUCCUCUGCUCUUGGAGUCGGGCCAAUGAUCUAAUGGUUUUUGAAGAAGAUCAUCGAUGCUGGUUUGACGCACAAUAGCAGGAUUAACGCAGGGUCGAAUUCGUCAUUAAAUGUUGGAUAUUAUGAGUUUCAACAAUUAAAUGUUUUCCAGAAUACAUAAAUCUCCGUCUUGCUAAUCGUUAAUUCUAAUGAUCUAUCAAUUGCACGUUUUGCAAUGAUAAUGUAUUCACGCCAGUUACGUUGCAUUUGCCUAUUGUUGAGUGCUUUUUGUUUCGUACCUGUCCUGCUUGGUCAUAAACUACCCUUGACGUGUGGAAGAAUCGCGACACAAACCAUUCCCCUGAUACGGAAAGGAAUCAGUGCAGUGGAUGGACAAUGGCCCUGGCAUGCAGCCAUCUUUCAUCGAAAGAACAACACGAUGGAGUAUGCUUGCGGUGGAUCCAUCAUCGAUCAAUCGAUCAUUCUUACGGCGGCUCAUUGUGUUACGUCCAUGCACGGUGUCUUACAUAAAAGUAAGCUGACGGUACAUGUAGGUCGCAUUCACCUCCAAGAAGUGUCUGAACACACGCAGGAACAUUUGGUUGGGGAUGUGAUACUACACCCUCACUACUCGAUGGGCAGUAUUGCUAACGAUAUUGCACUGAUCAAGCUAGCGAUCAAUAUAACGAUGUCGAAGCACGUACAACCCGUCUGCCUGUGGACAAUGAGUGACUCGGAGGAACCGAUCGUCAAUAGAAACGGUACGAUCGUUGGAUUUGGCUUCGCAGAGCAGGAUAAAGUAUCGGACACUCUGAGAACAGCAUCGAUCAGAGUCGUUGAUACUGUGACGUGUCUUGCAAGUGACCGGAGCUUGUUUGGCACUCAUCUAACCCCAGAGAUGUUCUGCGGCAUUGGUGGACCAGGAGUGAGUGCGUGCAAUGGCGAUAGUGGUGGCGGGAUGGUGUUCGAGAUCGGUGGCAGAUGGUUUGUGCGUGGUAUUGUAUCUUUCACUCGAUCACGUGCAAGUGACAACGUUUGCGAUGGUAAAAGUCACACUGCCUAUACCGAUGUGGCGAAGUAUAUCGCAUGGAUUACGAAUGUGCUUCCACGGAUGCUACAUUACCCCAUCAAUCUGCAUAUAAUCGAUUACGAGGAAAAGCUUCGGCUGUUUAACUUCACUACAUGUGGCAUCAUACCAGAUCUGGAGUAUUUACCUUGGCAUGGCUUCAUCGGGAUUACUACCGAGGGUGUGUUCAUUGCCAGAUGUAUCGUCACACUCAUAGCCGAAUGGUACGUUGUUUGUCCGGCACAUUGCUUUGCAUCUGAUGAUCCAAGAGUAUUGGAGAUACAUGUCGGCCGUAACUACUCGGUCCAAACAUCCCAACAAGUCCUGCACAUUGAAAGUGUCACUAUCCAUCCGCAUUACUACAACAAUAAUUUUGUAGACAAUAUAGCUCUGAUUCAGCUAAGUACACCUGCAAACACGUCCCAUUGGAGUAUAACGCCAAUCUGUGUAGCCGUUACACCAGAUCUUCAAUGUAAUCAUUCUUUGAACCUUACCGUGUCCACUAGCAAAGAACCUCAGCAAUCAGUGAAAAGCGUGGAUGUGAGCGUUUUAAGUGAUUCUAUAUGCAUAGAAAAAUAUGGCAGAUUUGGUAUAAAUCCUACUCUCGCCAACAAACGGUUCUGCGCUCAAACCCACCAACCGUGUAACUUCUCAUUUAUCGCAGAAAAAUAUACUCCCCACAUUUCGGGUGCUAUUCUACAGCAAACCCGAACAUUUGCCGGUGAAACGCACUCCCAACACUUUCUAAUUGGAUUUGAUCUAAUGGGUAGACAUUGUGAUCUAAAUAUGCCACCUAUUUACCUUAAUGCUAGUGCAUAUAUGGAUUGGAUUCUGUACAAUAUGAAACUUCCUGUUCAGAAUGUCACGCACAUAGACAUGGAGACCGAUUGGUCUAAACUGCUGCAGGGACCGGACUCGGAGAAACUGCGUCUGUUCAACAUGACUACCUGUGGGAUCCAAGCAUAUAAUUAUACAAUGACGUCGUAUCCCUGGACUGGUAGGAUAGCAAUUUAUGAUAAAUCUACAUGUAGAGUAAUUGGCUUUGUUGUGCUAAUUAGUGAAUGGUAUGCCUUGGCUUCGGCAAGUAUAAUGACAAACUUAACAUUUAUGCGUUUUAUAAUUCUAGGAGGAGGAAAAUUGAGUUCAAAAUGUAAUGUAACCACCUAUAGCCUAGAGAAUCAAGUUAUAGAAAUCAAAACUGUCUAUUUUUCUCCGGAUUUCAACAGAAACACAGGUCAAAAUGGCAUAGCCUUGAUAGAAUUCUGGCAACCAGCCGACAUAUCUAACCCAUACAUCAGACCUAUCUGUCUACCCUUCGCUGAAAGCAUGCAAAACAUCAAACUUAACCAAUUUGUUGCACUAGCAAGUGAUAGUUUAAGCAAACAGUUUUCGAAUGUGAGAAGAACUAAUUUUACCUUGAUCAAUAUGGCAACCUGCCGGCAACGGUGUGAACAGGAAGGCAUUCUGUUGAAUCCAGCAGAUGUUACGCUAUGCGCAAUCCAUAGAAAUGCUGAAGACAAAAAGUGGAACAAAAUAUCAACGGGUAGUUCUUUGCAAGCGAGGUUGGAUUUUGCCGGACAAAAGCGCUUCUUUUUACGUGGAUUGCACUUUCGCCGCAAAGGGCAGUACGAAAAGAACGACCAUUUGGGUAAUCCGGUAUAUUUGUUUGAGGACAUCUAUCGCUACCUUGGAUGGAUUCUGAGCAUUGUGAGCAUUAGGAAAGAAAAUGAUACCUUCCUGGAGCCGGUCAACACUUUGGCACUGAGGUCUGAGAUAGUGAUAUCUCCUCCAGUGAAGCAGUAUAAAAAACGAAGGAUGUUCAAUUUCAGCACCUGUGGGAUAACAGAAAACGUGUCAAAUAGGAUACAUCCAUGGUUAGGAAAAUUACGUUCCAAUGCUCCAUCUUUCGAUGUCAUUGAGUGUACAGUAAUUUUAAUCAGUGAAUGGUAUGUCAUAGGCACGGCACGAUCGGUCUCUAACGACACAGAAAAGAUGAUAGAAUUGGGAUUCAACACGCUCUCUGAAGAUGUCCAGAAAAUCGCGAUUGGGCAGAUCACGGUUCAUCACCUUUACGAAGCACACACACAGAUGCACGAUAUGGCACUGAUCCGGUUGGCAAGAUCCGCGAUAAUAACCGAACUGAGCGUGGUACCCAUUUGCCUGCCCAUCCUGGAAGACGUUCGCAGCUAUACCAAGGACAAUUUGGCAACGUUCCGACUAGUUCCAGAUUAUGAAACUGACAAAUUAGAUGAGGUUUUCAGCUGCCUCGAAGGCUUCUCAUUGCUAAGAAUGAACCUUUCCGAUACCUUUAGAUUUGUUACGUACUGUUGCAUGUGGCGAAACUUAACUCCCUGCACUGAUAAUCUUUAUUGUCUUACGAAAUGUGGUCUACCAUUGUACACUGUUCAAACGUUCGCCGGUAAGGAGCGAUACUUUUUGCGCGGUAUGGCAUGGCACAAUCAUGAGCAUUUUGAUUACGACCAAAUCACUAUUUAUGCAAGUACUGAUGAAUAUUUAACUUGGAUAGUCGAGAAUAUGAAUGAGACUUUGCGUACUCCCGUGCUGCCUUCUGACUUGAAUGAGCGAUUAGUCUUUAGUUAAUGUCAGUAGAACGCCAGUAGAAAACUGCGAGAUAGAAAGAAGAUGAAAUGGUACAGAAGACAAAAUAAAACGAUAAAAUUCUUCUUAUUACACUGACCAUUUUGCUACGGCUUGUGAAGCAUUUAUUAUACAGAUAUAAAAUCAAGAUGCAAACGAGACUGUACGAGUUGACGACUGUACUAUGAGAUUGCCCCAAAACCACUGAUUAGUUCAUACAAAAAAGACACAGGACAUUCUCUUAUGCUGCAGCGUUUCCAAUCCAAACAAUAAAUAUCUCGUCCGGUAGGAUGGACAAUCUAAACGGAUAAACCAGGGCAGACGAUAGUACACAAUUUUCGUAACUUUUCUAUGUAUAUCCUCAAUGCUGUUAAUUCUAUUCUGUUGUAGUGGACACUAGAUAAUACACAAAAAUUCAAGUAAAGGAUAAACAAUUUAACAGUACAACGAUUCAAGACAAAACAAAUCGAUGAAUGAUUUGAAUACACGUAUUCCGAAACCUA